AUGAUAUACUGAGAUAAUAACAAGAUUUUAUAGGUAGGUGAAAAGGGGAAAACCGUUUGCAUAAAAAUGACAUAUGCAAAAUCUCCUUUUCCUUCUCCCAUGAUGAAGUCACUGUCUUUAAAAGACUUGGCAUUACUUCACCCUUUUCAUUCACAUUCUCUUGUUUGCUCCCUUGAGGUGACACUAUUUAAAUUCUCUCCCCCUCAACAGACACAUAUAUUUCUUGCCAUUUUCCAAGCCAUGUCGACCUCUAGAACCUCAGAUGUUUCCCUCAAAGGAUAUCAGUCUAAACCAACCCAAAUGAAUUUGUCUCUUCUUCAACGUAACGCAUCAACUUCUGGUGAGAGAAGAGGGCGAGGAAAGCAAGCAGAACCUGGAAGAUUUCUUGGGGUGAGAAGACGCCCUUGGGGUAGAUAUGCUGCUGAAAUCAGAAACCCUUUAACUAAAGAAAGACAUUGGCUUGGAACAUUUGACACUGCCGAAGAAGCAGCUCUUGCUUAUGACAGAGCUGCUCUGUCCAUGAAAGGAUGCCAAGCAAGAACCAACUUCGUAUACUCUAAAGAUACCAACAUUUUCCACAAUACUCUCACUCCUUUAAAUUCUCAACCUCUCUUGCCACCUUCACAUAACACUCACAACAACAUGCAACUAACCAAUCAAACUACCCUAUCUCACCUUGCUACUUUCGCUUCCCACAUUGAAAACCCUUCUUCUGACUUAUAUGCUGACAGUGACACUGCUUUUGGAUCACCUCAGGAUGAUAAUUUCUUCUUUUCCACUGACUCUAACUCUGGUUACCUUGAAUGCAUAGUUCCAGGUAACUGUUUCAAGAAGAGCAAUGCCAGUGCUUCAGGUUGUAACCUAGAGGUUGGCCACGUUAACUCAAACUCCAUGCAGGUUCAGCCACAUUUUGACACCACUCAAGAAGCCUUCAACAUGCAAGCAACAGUAGCACCUAACUAUGCAGAUUUUUCUUGCUCAACUCAUCUUGGUAAAGGAUUAUGGGAUAAUCAUCAAUCAUGGGAUUGCAGUUCCAAUGAACUGGCAGCUAUGUUUAAAAAUCCAUCAAGGGUUGUUGAGGAAGGGUGCAUGGAUCCCUUCACUGAUAGCUCAAACUAUGAGCUAAUGACUCAGGUUGUUUCUUCAACUACAUAUUCUCCAUCAGUGCCUCCCUUUGGGAAUGUUGGCUCGGGAUACUCACCCUUCUGAGCUCUAUCAGCUGAGUUACGGAACCUUUAAUUUAUCAGAGGGUGUCUUAUAAGAAAUUAUUAUACAGUGUUAGAACAUCAUGGUAUUGGUCGAUUUCUACAUCUUACAUAAAAUUCUAUUGACUCUUCUUCCUAAACUAAAAUAUUCGAUUCUGUUCUGUGUUCUGCAAGAAGAUUGACCAGUACAUGGUCACGUGCUACUUGCAUGCAGUCGGUACGUCUAUGAGGUAAUUUUGGUUUUGAAUUAGUUCUUCAGUUUCUUGUAUAAGGUGGUCACUGAAUUGCACAAGUGGG